AACCUGCUAGAACCUUCUUUGGGAAUUGGAUAUGAUGAAAACCACCUCACUCGCAUUUUCAUUUACUCUUCUCCCUUUCCCAAAUGUCUAUUCUCUCUAUCCCUUCUUUCUUCCCUUUCCAUUUCUCUGACUCCGAUUGAAAUCCCUAAUUCCCAAAUCUCUCUCUCUCUCUCUCUCUGUCUUUCUUGCUCUCCAAUCCAUGGCACGGAAAUCCUCAACCUCGCUCGCUCCCGGCUUCCGAUUCCACCCCACCGACGAAGAGCUCGUCCGAUUCUACCUCAAGCGCAAGGUUACCGGAAAAUCCUUCCGCGUCGACCCCAUCGCCGUCGUCGACGUUUACAAGUUCGAGCCCUGGGAUCUUCCCUGUAAGUCGAAGCUGCAGACGAGGGAUUUAGAGUGGUACUUCUUCAGCGCGCUGGACAGGAAGUAUGGGAACGGUUCGAGGACGAACCGCGCCACCGAGAGAGGGUACUGGAAGACCACCGGCAAGGAUCGCGCCGUCAAGCACGGCAACCGGGUUGUUGGAAUGAAGAAGACCCUCGUCUACCACUCCGGACGCGCCCCCCGUGGCGCUCGUUCCAAUUGGGUGAUGCACGAAUAUAAGUUGGUUGAUCAGGAAUUGAUCCAGGCUGGAGUAGCGCAGGAUGCUUUUGUGCUGUGUAGGAUUUUCGAGAAGAGUGGUGCUGGGCCCAAGAAUGGGGAGAAGUAUGGUGCCCCCUUGAUUGAGGAGGAAUGGGAAAACGAUGAUGUGCCGGCUGGUGAUGAUGAGUUUUUCAAUGAAGUGUCUGCUGGUGAUACUGGUGCUUUUGUUGAAACGGACGACCUUGAGCAGAAGCUUGAUAUUGAUGCUACACUUGGAGGUGCUGAUUUUACAUCAAACUUCUACCACGGGGAGUGUAGUAGCUAUCCUGAGCAUUCCCAAGAAUUCAUAAGCGAUCAGAAGCCAUUGGCAGGCACUGUUGAAAUUUCUGAGCCUCAAAAUGAUCAACCUUUCAAUAUGGCUGAGCAAUAUGGGGUGGACGCCAAUUUAGCGAAAGAUGGAGACAAUGUUGAGUUGAGCCAUAAUGAGAAUCCAUUGAAUUUCAAUUACGCCGUUGAUGAUCUGGAUCCAUACUUCAAUACCAUUGACAAUGGAUUAUUCCUGGAAACCAAUGAUCUUGGGAAUCCGGGUGAGGGUAAUUUGAAUGAGGAAGACCCUUAUGGUAUUGGUAUGCUAGAUGAAUAUCUUACAUACCCUGAUGACGACAUUUGCAAGUAUAUAUCUUUUGAUUCUCCUCCGAGCUUGGAGAGCGAAAACCCUAUUUCUGACCAAGGACCACCUUUCAUCCAGCAGAAUGUGGAGGGAGAAACCAAUAAUAUUUCCAUGGCAAGCAAACAUGAUUUUGAAGCACAAUCUAAUGAUGAAGCUUCUUUAAAGAAGAAUCAGCAGGGUUCAAAUUCGGUAUCAGGAAAUACAAAUCCAUUUGUGAAGCAGGCCCAUAAAUUGUUGGCCAGCAUACCUGCUCCGCCUGCAUUUGCUUCAGAGUUUCCUACUAAGGAGAUUGCUCUUAGGCUUCAUCCUGCAGCUCAGUCUUCCAAUUCAGCUCAUGUAACUACGGGCAUGAUGAGCAUAACAGACAUUACUUUUAGAGGCAAUGCGAUGGACUGGAUGGUAGGCAAGAAUGGAGGGUUUAACGCAAUAAUAUCUACUGAGUUUUCUCAGCCUGAUGUUAAUUCUGCUGGUUUGAUGCCUGUUUUUGGCUUGGUCUCUGGCAAGACCGCAUUUGUGUUGUCACAUGGCUGGAUUUUCUUGAUGUUUUUUUCGGUUAUGAUUCUUUCACUGAGUCUAAAGAUUGGAUGCUUCAUGUAUACUGGUAAAUGAAAAUGUGAGGUUGGCUAUGAGAGAAUAAACUGCAGCCAGUUGAGUAUCGUUUGGUGUCCAUGGUACUCAUUGAAUGACUAGGUUCCCAUGGCCUUGUAGAUUUCUUUAUGCUAAUUUAGUCAUACUGAUCUAUAUAUUCUUCAUUGUAUUUAACAAUAUAUUUUUUGGUUUCAGAGUGCCAUCAAAUAGAGUAUAAUGUCUUAAAUACAAUUCUUAAUACAUAUUAUUGUUAAUAUUUA